AUGCUCGGAGCAGGGCCUCGGACACAGCGAUCCCAUUCAUCCAUCCAGCUGCCUCCAGAAUAUUGCUCGGGACAGACACAAGUACCGUUGUUCACCUACAAAACUGCGGAUUUCAUCUAUGAUCUCCGUGAAAGCACGUCAAAUGAGGAAGAAGCUAGCGAUACGAGCAAGCCGAAGCGCUUGAAAGACUUGCUCCACCAGCGAUGGGAGGCGGCCAAGGAACGCGGGGCAAUGAACUACAAUCUGAAUUGUCUCUACAAAUUUCUCGACGGCAAUUUCGAAUGUAGUAUACAGCUCAACUCUGAGCGUGGCGAGCUUCGCCGGAAGCCAAUGCGAUUCCGCCACAUCCGGGAGCCAUUCAACCAGCUGCGCUUCAACUUCACAAAACUAAAUGAGGCUGAGGUGAUGCUCUACCUGAAGUGCGAAGAUCUGCCGAUCACGAACGAUCCGCUCGAUCGACAUCUGGUGGCAGUCAAUGCAUCUCCUCUUGAGAGAGACCAUUCUUUGAUCAUUCCAUCCGUCAAUAAGUGUCUUCCACAGGUCCUAACAACAACGGGAAUUCGUAUUGCAACAGAUGUGAUGCUAUUGGUGGACGACGACACAUUCCACGUCCUAUUUAACAGCCUUCUCGGCCAUGCUUCCGUAAAUCACCUCCAUCUCCAUACCCUCUACUGGCCAUACGAUUCAGACCUCGUCAAUCGGCGCUUCGAACCGCUCAAUGACAGUCAUGAUGCAUUCGUUAUUCGACCGCCCGAUUGGUUUUGCUGUGCCUUUGCCUUCCAGCUGCUCAACAAGGAUGGUUAUGAAAAGUUCAUUCGAAACCUGACGAAAUGCGUCGAGUUCUUGACAGAGCGUGAACAAGCUCACAACCUCUUCUUCACGAGGGCCCAACCGAUACGCACUACCGGCGCUGUCCGAUCGGAAGAUCGAAGGAAUGAAUUGGGACGCUACAUCACAGCCUACGUCUUUCCUCGGGUCAAUAUGCAUGGCGCAAAACCACCAACUAACUUCAAUCCAGCUGCAUGUGAGCUGGCCGGCUGUCUAACUGCAUAUACAUAUCGCUUCUUCGAGUCAGUGACCGAGCAGGCGGCGGUGCGGAUUAUUGAGGAAGAAGCAUCGCUGCCAGAUGACCGCUUCUCGCUGUUGGCUUCUGAUCUUGGGUGUCUGCUGGCUGGACGUCCGAUCAUCUCGCGGCCGAUCGCUUUAUCAACCCUCGAGGGGCUGACUAGUCCAGAAAUUGAUGAGCUUCAUGAUUCAUUCCAGACAUUCGAACCGCAUUCCCCGGCCAGAACUCCGCGCAGCAGUCGACCGAGGACAGCAUCUGCUGAUGCGUUGUUCAUGUCAAAACUCCGACUUGAA